GGAAGGCCUGGGAAGAUGGUCGAAAAAUGUAGUUGCGUUACAAGGUUUGUCGGUGUUACGGAACUAUGAGGUCGGACCCGGAGGAGGUAAAUCUGCUGUUAGUAGUACAAGUACUAAGGGAAGAACUCCAUCUUCAUCGUCAUCUAGUACGAGAAACUCUUCGAGCAGCACAACGAACACAUCAACAUCUACAUCUCCAACCACUCCCAUGACCAAGGAGGAGGAAGCAAGCGCAGCGUCCUUGUUCUUAGUCGAAACUAUAAUACGACAUGCAUUGACUACGCAGUAUACAACGGGGGGUUACGCUGGUACUUCGCCCUAUGAUAUUUCCACCUUCGCAGACAUGAUUUUGCGUUUGAUGCGCUCGUCGGCAGACGCGAACGACGGCGCAGACGAGAUCACGGAGGCAGGAGUGUUGACGAUUUUGCAUCGGGUUUUUGUCGAUGUGUUGUUGGAACAACAUCGUUGCAGCGGCGGGAUAAGUGCUGCUGUGAGCGGCGGGAUAAGUGCUGCUGUGAGUAA